CACUGCCGUUUUCUUUUCGAUGUUUAGAGAAACCGAAACGAAAUGGAAUUAUCAAUAUUUGAAAACAUCACAAAAGAGAAAUUCCUAAGUGAAAUAUAUCCAAAGAGGGAACCUGUUAUACUUCGGGGAAUUAACAUUGGUGAAUGUAUACACAAGUGGACACUAGAAUAUUUAGCAAGUCAUGGGGGCCAUCAAGAGGUCAAAGUUCAUGUGUCUUCUUCAUGUCAGAUGGAUUUUAUUAGAAAAAACUUUUUAUACAGAACACUACCAUUUAACGAUUUUGUGCAUAGAACAUUUGAAGAACAUCAUAAGCACUUUUUUAUUGAUCCGACAGAGAAAUACUACUUGCGUGCUCUUGGUGAGGAUCCACGUAAAGAUGCAGCCGACAUAUCAGUCCAGUUCCCUCAACUAGCUGCUGACUUGAUUGUCCCAAAGUUUUAUGAAGAUGGGAAAUUUUUCUCAAGCGUCUUCAGGAUAGCCUCAAAAGGAGUUCAGCUAUGGACGCACUACGAUGUAAUGGAUAAUCUCCUUAUCCAGAUUGUUGGAAGAAAAAAAGUUGUUUUGUUUCAUCCAAGAGAUGUUGAGUAUUUGUAUCUGAAUGGGGAUAAAUCAGAAAUUUUAGAUGUGGAGUGUCCUGACUUGCAGAGGUUCCCAAACUUCGCACUAGCCACCCCUUACCACGGGUAUCUUGAACCAGGUGAUGUCCUGUUUAUUCCAGCCUUGUGGUUCCAUAACAUGACAUACACUGAAGCUGGGGUGGCAGUCAAUGUGUUUUGGAGGCAUCUAGAGGAUAAAAUGUAUGAUAACAAAGACCCGUAUGGCAACCAUGACCCCCUUCCUGCACAGAGGGCCAAUCAGAUUGUGGACAGAGCUCUGAAAGCCUUGGAGGAGUUGCCAGAUCAGUACAGAGACUUUUAUGCCAAGCGAUUAUGUGAAAGAAUUAAAUCUAAAGCUUGUGUUCAAACGUUAUGAUAGCUUGUCACACAAUGAUUUUGGUACUAUGACCCUGCUGUCUUAGGUGAAUGUCAAGAUGAUGUUACAAUAGUGAUAAUGCAUUUUACCUGCUAUGUGAUGCAUUUUUAAAUAAGUAUCAUUUUAAUGUAAUUUUUAGCACAUUUUACUAUUAUGUGAAUGACUGUCUUCA